UUGACUUCACUCGCUCACCUCAAGACGUAUGUCGUUCUUUAUAUUUCCCGCCGCUACGUCUCCCAUCUCAACUCGGAUGGCUCCGAAUGCACUGGAGGAUAGCCUGGAUUGAGUUUGGGAGCGAUCGAGCGGGAAAAAAGCUGGAUGCGUGACUAACUUUCCUGCAGACAGAUGGCGACGACCAAAACGACCAAGGGCAAGGCCCCUGCCCCCAAAUCAUCGGCCAAGGAUAGCAAGGCCAAGGCGGCAAAGAAAGCGGCGUUGCAAGGCGCCAACUCACAUGCAAAGCGCAAAACACGCUUCAGUGUCUCAUUCCAUCGCCCAAAGACGCUUCGUCUGCCUCGGGAGCCUAAAUAUCCCCGGAAAUCCGUUCCCCAUGCUCCAAGGAUGGACCAGUUCCGGACAGUCGUCUCACCGCUCAACACUGAAUCGGCAAUGAAGAAGAUCGAGGAGCACAACACACUCGUUUUCAUCGUCGACAUCAAGUCCAACAAGCGUCAAAUCAAAGACGCGGUCAAGAAGCUAUACGACGUUGAGGCCGCUAAGGUCAACACCCUUAUCCGCCCCGAUGGCAAGAAAAAGGCAUAUGUUCGUUUAACAGCGGACCAUGACGCACUCGAUGUUGCCAACAAGAUCGGUUUCAUUUAA